AUGGUCGAGUACAGUGAGCUGAGAAACCCUGAACUUCGAGAAUUUCUCCAAGCUCGGAGACUUCCUGGUACUGGCACUAAGGCCGUCUUGGUACAGCGACUUCAAGAGAGCGACAUAUUCUAUACGUCGUUCUCGUCGCAACAACAUCGCGCGCACUCCAAUCCUUUGCUCGAAGACAUAUUGGAGAAGAUGAAGACCUCCGAUCCAAGAGUUAUCACGAAGAUGCUGCGCAAGCUCGUCCACGCUAAGAAUCUUCACAAUACCAAGGAGAGAAUGAAGAAACCGGGAUUCGGAAAAUAUCGCAGCAGCAGCUCCAUAGCUGGUGACUAUAAAAAGCUCGCGUCUGGAUAUUGUCUUGAAUGGAAUUGUUCUCUCUGCUGCGAUGCCUCCCUGAGCAAAUCCCUCAACCAUCUCCUUGGCUAUGGUUCAACAUGCUGGGGCAGGAAGUGUAAGGAUCUCAACAACUGCUCCGGUUGUCGUGACGAGCUCCUAGGACUUGAGGAUGCCUAUAUACAACGACGAGAAAAAGAGAGCUAUGCUUUGAUUCCACUCAGCAGACCUGAUGGUAUCCCAGGACCUAUUCAUCACAGAUGGAUGCCAUCAGAUGUCACUCUACUCAAACAAGUCCUGACUGAUGUGAGAAGCAUGGUCCACAACGAGCACCUCGGCAAGCUUUUACUGAAGCUCAAAGAUGAGGAACCAGAUGCUGUUGAAUGGGUCAAUAUCAAGCAAACACUGGCAAACAAAAAAUGUCUUGGUUCAAACUGCUCUGCGUGCGGCACUGCCACCCUUACCGAAUCCCUUGACGCCCUUUCAGAUGGACUACAUACUGACUGUGGCGGGGAUGUCUCCUCUGCUUGCAGCAACAUCAUAACGUGUUCAAGCUGUCGUCAUGCUCUCCAAAACAUGGAAAACAUCUUAUCACGAAACGUGGAAGAAGGCCGCGAUCACGAACCUUGCAAAACGUCCCUUGAUUGCGAUGCGUGGUCUUAUCUUGCGACUGGCCUAAAUCCGCUUGCCUUGUAUCCCCAGCAUGAUAACACCAAUCUCAUCGAAAAAGCCUCACAAGUGGAAAAGCACUGUCAGGGUGAGAAUCUUCGUGCGAUGGACACAUAUGACGCUGGCAAACGGACCAAGUAUGAACACAAAGGAACACAAACUGAAGGCAGCCACGAUAUUGUACGGCAAUCCUGUUUCAGGGAACACGGACAAUGCGAUAGACCAGAUCAGGACUUAUCUUAUGGACUAUUUCACCCCUCCUCAGAAACCAGUAUGGACCUUGAUAUACGGAAUGAUGAGCUUCGUCGUCGCCGAGUCAAGAGAACAAAGACGAGCCUGACUGAGAGCUCUGAUGGUACUAUGAGAGGCGCCAGCCGAAAGAGGCGAUUCAGUAAUCUCGAUCUGCACUACACACUGCCUGCAGAUUACCUCCUGGCAAAGCAAGUUCGUGCUGAAGAAGAUCGAGAGAGACAAGAGAGGGAACGAGCUCUGUCAAGACACGAGCGGCCGUCAUGGUUCGGGACGCCACAAGAUCCAUUGCCAGAUCUUUGGAUGGGGCGUCCAGUCCUUUCGGCAACCGGGAUCGGCAUGUUGAAGGCCAUGGAUUCGAUACCAAAGUACUAUCUUUCGAACUCGGAAGAAACCAUGAUCUCCUAUGCCAAAACACAGAAGGACAGGCGUUUUUCUGAUAUCAUCCGUAGGCUCGAAGCGGAGCUCAUGUCGCGCGAUUUCUGGAUGCAAAGCCUGGGUUACGAUUCAAGUGAUGGAUUCGGCAAUAUACCUGCUGGUGAUUACAGGUUGAAACAUGAGCAGAGUGAUUUUGGCCAAGAGAGAGAAUCGAAUCGUGUGGAGCGCUGGGUAUCUACCCUUCCAAGGUUUUGA